AUGUACUCAGCUUCCGUUCUCUCUGGCCUCCUAAUAUUCACCCCUCUCUACCUCACCUCCUUCAUCCCCCCAACCCUCGCAACCCCCCUCCCCCCAUCCAACCAUGACCCUUCUCCCUACCCCGUCUCCCUCCUCCACCAAUUCCCCCCGGGCGUCUGGGCCGAAAACCUCGCCACCACCUCCACCAACUCCCUCCUCAUUACCAUCAUGAGCACCCCCGACCUCCUUCUCUACGACCCCGCCGCCCCAUCUCUCCCUCCUACCCUCCUCCAUUCCUUCGCGGACAACGGGCCCUACGCCUCCCUCCUCGGCAUCGCAGCAACCAGCGCCAACUCCUUCGCCGUCGUCGCAGGCAACUACUCCCUAACCAGCGCCGGCGCUAUCCCCGGCACCUUUGCCAUCUUCACCAUCACGCUCCCGCCCACCGGUUCCCUACAAACUCCCCAGGUCAAGCUCCUCGCCCCCCUCCCGGACGCGCAGUUCAUCAACGGGCUGGUCUACCAUGCCUACCCCUCCCCCGCCGUGCUAGCCGCGGACUCGACCCUUGGCACUAUCACGCGGAUCGAGCUCGCUACGGGUGCUGUGUCGACGCUUCUCGAGGUGGAGGCGUUCAAACCGUGCGGCGACUCCAAGGAAGGGCUGAACGGGUUCCACAUCCACGCCCCGACAUCGACGCUGUAUUUCACGAACUCGGCGUGUCGCACGUUCGGGAAGGUGCCGGUGCGGAGGGAUGGGAGUCAGGCCGGGGAGGCGAGGGUCACUGUUACGUAUCCGGCGCCGUAUUUUUUCGAUGAUUUCGCGCUCGGGGGGGAUGGGACGGCGUGGGUGGCGGUGAGUAAUGGGAAUGGAAUUGCGAGGAUUGCGGAGGAUGGGGAGGUAGAGGUGGUGGCGGGGAGUGUUAAUUCAACGGAGGUGGCGGAACCGACGGCGUUGGUGUGGGGGCGGGAGGGGGAGGUGGGGAAGGGGGGAGAGAGGGUGUUGUACGUGACGACGGGAGGUGCGUUGGGGGAUCCGAUUAAUGGGACGGUGGUUGUGGGGGCGCAGGUUUUGAGGAUUGGGGUGGAGGGGGGGUGGUAG